AUGUCUCCACAAAAGCACUCGCAAUGCCAUCAACUCGACGCCGAUGCUCGUGAAAUUAUACAAUGUAUUAAUGAUGGUCAUAGAGUAUUUGUUCUGCUCCGUGGAGUUACAGGAUCUGGAAAAACCACCUUAGCCCAGCGACUUGUGGAAGCAGCGAACACCUCCAACCAAACCAGCACCAUUAUUUCGGAAGAUACUGUUGGAAGUAAGCAGCUUACAAAAACAGUGCGCCAAUCAUUCGAAGACGAUGUUUAUUUGGUUGUAGUUGAUGCAGAGAAUGUGGAACGAAAUGUCGUUAAAAAAUUGGCUGAUUUGGCUGUUAAGAGUUAUUUCGAGUGUUUCGUAACGGAACCAGAUACUGAGUGGAGGCACGAUGCAAGCGAGUGUAAAAUACGAAGUAGUCGAGGGGAAGGAGUCGAGUCGAUUGAAAGAAAGAUUGAACAGAUUAAAAAUUCACCAAUCGAUUGGGAGUGCAUUAUCCCCGGAGCAAACGUGACGAUAGGAAACUCGCUUUCUGAAGACACUCCUCCCACUCCUCCAACAAGUUCAAUGGGUUCAUCAAACAGUUUAUUGAACGUUUCAACGACUUCUACUCGUCAAUUAUUCUCAAUGGUUCCGGAAAAGAAGAAGAAGCGAUCAGUUAAAACAGUCAGCACUUACGUCACAAAUGAAUGCAUUGUGCUCGAGCUUGCUGGUCUCAUAGAAACUUCAGGAUUAUAUGGUUAUUCGUUAAAGUUAGAAGAAGAAGUCGAAGAAAAACAAAGCAAAGAUGUCAAGAUUGUAAAUAAAAAAACAGAAACUGAAGAAGUGAUUUUUGCUAGUGGCGGUCGAACUAUCUUCAGACCCGAGAUGACUUUAUUAACUGGAACGGAAGAAGAGAUCCAAUUCUCAUCGCUCCGUAGUAUUUUCCCAGAAACAGAUCUUUUUGUUCUUCGUCAUUUUCUUCAAAUUUUCGGUUAUUCCGAAGCGGUUGCUUUUUUCAAGGCGACUACAGAAGAUACAGUUCUUCCGAUCCUGCCUACAGAUGACCGAAUUCUUUUGGAGGAACUGGAUGCGAUGGAAAGUUUCACUAUAUCGAAUAUGACCAUAGAAGAAGAAAUAGAAGCGAGACGGUCUGAAAGAGAAGCAUUGCGAUUCGUAGAAGAUAUAGACACUGAAAAUGAUGAACAAAUUGCUCGUAUUCUUCACAAUGAGUUCAAUGGAGAAGAUUAUCAACUUCAGAAUACUGAUGAUUACGACAUCGCUCGUCUUAUACAAAAUUUUUCAACAACUGACAUCGAUUAUAUCCGUCAGCUGUACGAAAUCUGGGCAAAUAAUUAUGAGAAUACUUACCAGUGCCUAAUUGAAAAUGGAGCUGAACGUACAGAGCCUCUCAUGAAAGGAAAACAAACGUUUAGUCAAACACUUUCUUCCGCAAGCCCGAUUCGUCGUGAUCCCCCAAAGAAAUCUCAAAAAGAGGAGAAAAACCACUUUUUGAAAGCUGCUUCGCAAAAAACACAUCACCUUCUACAAGACGUCCAGCUAGAAGCUUUGAAAUCUCGGCAGCAAAUUGAAAAGAAUCGGUUUUCGCAGAAUUCAUACUGUCCAACAACUUCUUCUAGAUACAGUAAAACUGUUAUGAUGAGUCGAGUAGAACGACUGAAAGAAGGCGUAUCAGCUCAAGUGAAAGACAUCGAUAGAAAAAUCAAAGAAGCUCACAACAAUCCAUGGAAUCUUGAUUUGCAUUACAUGUCUGUUGAUGGAGCCGUAGAACUAGUCCUUGAGGCGAUAGAAGCAGUUCGAUAUCAUGUUAAAUAUACUAAUAAAAGAGGAAGACGUAUCACUGUUGUCACUGGAUCGGGAAACAAUUCAAGAUGCGGUGCGAGAAUUAAACCGAAAGUAAUAUCGAUGCUCGAUAGCCAAAAUAUAUCUUAUGAAAUGCUUAAUGAUGGAUGUAUCCAAGUCAAAGUUUGA